CCUCUUUUCCCAUUCAGUUUUGAGCACAAUUUCAGGAUCUUGUUCUUUCUUACUCUCUUGAUGCAACAGGAAGAAAAUAAAAUGUGUGCUCUUCCAAAAAAACCAUUGUAGUUUUUUGUAGGGCCCCAUGCUGAGUUCUUUGUCUUCAUUGUUGAGAGCUGAUUAACUCAUUUGUUUCAUCUUCAUUCUUCUCUCUGCUACUCACCUUUUGCUAUAACUUACUUGAGGAUUGUGUCUUUUAUCCCAAAAGGAGAAAACAUUUCUGAUAUAACUAAACCCCAUCAUCAUAAAAACCAUGUAAUCAUAUCAUAAGAUGCAAUUGAGUUUCAUCAUCUUUGCAACCAUAUUCUUGAGCUUGUUAUAGUCCUUUCUUUUUGGUUCAGUAACAUCAUCAUGGAGAGGUUUAAGGCUAUUAUCAUUAGUAUUAGUCUUAGUCAUGCAAUUUUUGCUAUGGUUUUAUUCUCACUUGGUGAAAGUUGCUGUGGACAAAUAGUAGUAGACUAUGAUGUAGCUCCAAUGGAGAAAAAUGAGCAAGAAGCUUUGUAUUCUACCAUUCAAGGCUUUGUUGGUGAUUCAUGGAAUGGCUCAGAUCUUUAUCCAGAUCCUUGUGGUUGGACUCCAAUUCAGGGUGUAUCUUGUGAUCUGUUUGAUGGAUUUUGGUAUGUUACUGUCUUAAACAUUGGACCAAUCCAUGAUAACUCUCUGGUUUGUGCUCCAAAUUUGGAAUUUAGGCCACAAUUGUUUGAGCUAAGGCACCUGAAAUCUCUGUCCUUCUUCAAUUGCUUUCAAUCACCAAACAAGCUUCCGGUUAGCAUCCCGGCUGGAAGCUGGGACAAACUAGCCGAAAGCUUAGAAUCGCUCGAGUUCAGAUCAAACAAGGGCCUAAUUGGAACCAUUCCUUCAAGUUUGGGUGUCCUCAAGAACCUCGAAUCGCUUGUGUUGCUAGAGAAUGGCUUAUCAGGUGAAAUUCCAACAGAAAUUGGUAGUCUCAUCAAAUUGAGAAGACUUGUUCUUGCUGGAAACUAUUUCAAUGGUAACAUUCCAGAUACAUUUGGUGGACUUAAGGACUUAUUAAUCUUUGAUCUAAGUCAGAAUUCGCUAUCCGGGGUGUUGCCUUCGACACUUGGAAGCUUAACUUCAGCAUUGAAGAUUGAUGUUAGCCACAACAACUUGGAAGGUAAUUUGCCAAAUGAAUUUGCUAAUCUUAAGAAUUUGACACUUAUGGACCUCAGAAGCAACAAAUUCUCUGGUGGAUUAACUUUGUCACUUGAAGAAAUGUGUUCCUUGGAAGAAAUGGUUUUGUCCAACAAUCCCUUAGGUGGAAGCAUCAAUGUCCUAAAGUGGGAAAAGCUUAAGAACUUGGAAGUUUUGGAACUCUCUAACAUGGGGCUAAUAGGUGAAAUUCCUGAGUCAAUAUCAGAGUUAAAGAAAUUGAGAUUUCUAGGCCUAAGUGAUAACAACCUCACAGGAACAUUGUCACCUAAGCUAGAAUCUCUUCCUAGCCUCAAUGCAAUUUAUCUAAGUGGAAACAAUUUCAUAGGAGAGCUUAAAUUCUCCAAGGACUUCUAUGGAAAAUUAGGGAGGCGUUUUGGUGCAUGGAACAACCCAAACCUUUGUUACCAAAUUAGAGAAAUGUCAAGUAGCAGUGUUCCUUAUGGAGUAAAACCAUGCCAACAACACCAAGAGGAGGUUAAUUUGGUAGAAUAUAAUUCAAAUUCUAAGAUUCUCAAUGAUGGGAAUGUGAAUGUGACUUCACAUAACUACAUAUCCUCUAUGGGGGUUUCUAGCCAUGUUACCAAUGGGUUAUGGUGCAGUUUUAUGGAAACAAUGUUGGUGAUGUGUCUAUGUCUAGUUGUAUAGUUAGCUCUUCCAUCAAGAACAAAGAUUCAACUUGUAUUUCUUUUUCUUUUAAUUUUUCUUUUUUAGGCUUUUUAGUUUUCUUCUAACAUAUGCUGAUAGUGUUGUCAAUUACUUAAUUUAUUGCACAACAAAUUAGUUAUCUUCACCUGAACAUUG